AUGCGGCACUUCUUCCUCGCCGCCUUCGUGCUGCUCGAGGCGACGCACGCGGCGAUGGCGACGCCCUCGGCGGACCUCGUGGCCGCCACACCACCGACCGUGGCGACGCCGAAGCUCACACCCGUCGACGACGCGCCGCCCCGUGUCGUCGUGGAAAAGUACCCCGACGCCGGCCAUGAGCUCUCGCUGGUGCCGGGAACGGUCUUUGUCAACGCGCUCGACACCGACAACGCGACGGCCGCGACGGGCGACUUGGUGGCCUUUGACGUCGCCGACGUGGACCUGUCCCGCGUCGGCGCCCUCGGCUACAUCGGCCUGCUGCUCUACAUGACCUUUAUCGCCUGGAACCCGGGGAGCCAGAGUUUUUGGAUGGGAGACGAGCUGGCCAAGGCAUGA